ACAGCCAUCCCAUAAAGCUGCGCCCAAUCCGCAGCCGACGCCCGCAACAACCACUCGGCCGGGUUGCUCCGCCUCCACCUCCAUCCAUCCAUUCCGAGUUCCUGACCCAUCGCCUCCUCCUCCUCCUCCUUAAGUUUUUUCACCACCGGAGCGAGAUUGCUUUUGCUUCUCUGUCGCGUCCUGUCUCCUGUGUCUGUGUGUGAUUUCCUCUCGGACGCUAGCGACCGCUCCCUGCACUGCACUGCACUGUACUCGCUCCGCCCUCUCCGCUCCGCUCCACCAGCAGCCGGGCAUUCAAGUCCAGUCCACAUACACCCAAGAGCGGCCGCCGGAGCGAGGUCGUCGUCCUUGCCGCGACGACUGAGAUGACGGACGCCGCACCGGGCCCCAGCCUGCAGCCGCCGGAGAGGCACCCCAGAGGAGGGGGAGCGGGUGCGGUCGUCGUGGUGGCCGUGCGCGCCGCCGCAAGGGAGAUCUCCAAGACGGCCGCUGUCUGGGCGCUCACGCACGUCGUCCAGCGCGGCGACAGCAUCCUGCUACUCGUCCUCAUCCCGCCGCAGAGCUCAGGCAGGAAGUUCUGGGGCUUUCCGUUCUUCGCGGGGAGCUGUGCAAGUGGUCACAAGGCUGUGCUGAAUCAGAGGUCGGAUGUCGCUGAGCUGUGCGCUCAGAUGAUUCGAAAACUUCGCGAUGUAUAUGAUCCCAACAACAAGAUAAAUGUGAAGGUUAAGAUCCUCUCUGGAUCACCUCCUGGCGCCGUGGCCACUGAAUCGAAGCGGGCACAGGCAGGCUGGGUUGUGCUGGACAAGGAGCUGAAGCAUGAGGAGAAGCGCUGUAUGCAAGAGCUGCAGUGCAAUAUUGUGGUUAUGAAGCGCUCUCGGCCCAAAGUACUUCGGCUGAACCUGGUGGGAUCACAUGAAAAGCAGUCCAAACCAAUUCCCGCGCCAUCACCUGAGCCGAGUACAUCAGUUGGUGACACCGUGAGCAAUACCAAAGAACAGCGGAGUCCGAUUCGAGUGCCAUCUGUGACACCUAACAGCAGCCCAGAGUCAGAAGCGCCUUUUGACACUACUGAUGUUGGAACGUCUUCUGUCUCAAGCUCCGACCCUGCCGCUUCUCCAUUUUGCGCUUCGGAUACAAAUAGCUCUUUGAUGAAAGAGGCAGCCAAGGAUAACAUCCAGCAUUCUGAAGUCAAUAUAUCUGACUCUGAGAGCGAGGCUUCAACUCCUCCGCCAGCCUCGUCACUUCAGCCAUGGAUGGCUAACAUUUUACAGGGACCUGCAUCUGCUAGACUACUAGGAAAUCGCCCCAGAAGGACACCCACUGCAGAUUCUUUGCUCGAGAAGAUUGCCAAACUGGAUCUCUUGACUGAAAUCAAUGCAAUCAGAAGCAGGUCUGACUUAAACUUCAGAGGCAAUGUCAGAGAUGCUGUUUCACUAUCCAGGAGUGCACCUCCAGGACCGCCGCCUUUGUGUUCUAUAUGUCAGCAUAAGACGCCUGUAUUUGGAAAACCGCCACGGUGGUUCAGCUACGCGGAACUGGAGCUUGCAACUGGCGGCUUCUCCCGAGCAAAUUUCUUGGCUGAAGGUGGGUUUGGGUCUGUUCACAGAGGUGUCCUUCCAGAUGGUCAAGCAAUUGCUGUCAAGCAGCACAAACUUGCUAGCUCCCAAGGCGAUGUCGAGUUUUGCUCGGAGGUGGAGGUUCUGAGUUGUGCACAGCAUCGGAAUGUUGUAAUGCUGAUUGGGUUUUGUGUUGAAGAUAAGAGGCGUUUGCUAGUAUAUGAGUACAUCUGCAAUGGCUCACUAGAUUCGCAUCUUUACGAUCGUAACAAAGAAACGCCGGAGUGGGCUGCCAGACAAAAGAUUGCCGUAGGAGCUGCCAGAGGUCUGCGAUACCUCCACGAAGAAUGUAGGGUUGGUUGUAUAAUCCACCGUGACAUGAGACCAAACAACAUUCUUGUCACACAUGAUUUUGAACCACUGGUUGGAGAUUUUGGCUUGGCUAGGUGGCAACCUGAUGGAGACCUGGGUGUUGAAACAAGAGUCAUUGGCACAUUUGGUUAUCUGGCACCUGAAUAUGCUCAGAGUGGGCAAAUAACUGAGAAGGCAGAUGUCUACUCGUUCGGGGUUGUAUUAGUGGAACUUGUAACUGGACGCAAGGCUGUUGACAUUAACAGGCCGAAGGGUCAGCAAUUCCUAACUGAAUGGGCCCGCCCUCUGCUGGAAGAGUACGCGAUCGGCGAGCUGAUCGACCCUCGCCUGGGAGGGCGCUUCUGCGAGAACGAGGUCUACUGCAUGCUGCACGCAGCAAACCUGUGCAUCAGGCGUGACCCUCAUCUGAGGCCGCGCAUGUCCCAUGUUCUGCGGAUACUAGAGGGCGGUGACAUGUUGGUGGACUCAGGCAGCGAAGCGGGGAGCAGGAGCUGGCGGCUUCAGAACGAGCGUUGCCAGGAGCAGAGCAGCCCAGCUCAACGUGAACGUGGUUCGCAGUCACAGCGUGCUCAGAAGGCCGCCGGAAGCCCGUGGAGUCGAGAUCGGCAGAACUUGUCUCACAGAUACUAGCAUUGGUAUCCCUGUGCAGGAUCGCCGUGGAAUCUGUAUUGUUCCUAGCUUAGCUACUCCUUUCUGCGUAGUGGCCUCUUCUUCCUCUUCCUUGUUCUUGGCGCCAGGUUUGUUGAUGCUUGUGGAAGCCGUGUGUAUAGUAUAGUGGUGGAGACUGUAGUGAUAAUGGUAGGCUUAACUCGGCGGCGUCGGCGUACGGGGCAAUGUUUCUUGGGUCCUCGACACCGGUUGGAGCAAAGCAACUGUGGAAAACCAGAGCACCGCCAAGGGUCCGUUUCUUCAUCUGGCUAGCCCUUCAUGGGCGCUGUUGGACAGCGGAGAGGAGGUUCCGCCAUGGGCUGCAGACCAGCGACACAUGCAUUAUCUGUGACCAGAGCUCUGAAACGCUGGAUCACUUGGUCCUGGGUUGCGUCUUCAGCAGGGAGGUCUGGGGAAUCCUCCUGCGUAGGUUACAGCUGGGACAUCUUCUCGUCGUCGAGCAGCCGAUCUUCGACUGGUGGCUGAAGGCAAGGAAGACCUUCAAUAAACCUUUCAGGGCUGGCUUCGACUCGUUCUUUUUUCUGAUGGCCUGGAACCUGUGGAAGGAGAGGAACGUUAGAACCUUUCAAGGGGUGCAGAGGUCAGCGUCGAAGCUCGCGGAUGACAUCCAUCAGGAGCUAAACUCGUGGUGUUCAGCGGGGUACAGGGGUCUUGUGGCGCUGGCUGCCCGUCUAGCUUAGGCCCUUGUGAUCUCUGUCGUAGGUUGUGUCUCGAUGUAAUCCCUUUUGUGUUUGAGGGGGGUGGUGUGGCUACGGUAACCAGGAUUACCUAGCUGUCGUGUUGUACUCGUAAACUCUUUCUGCUUAAUAAAAUACGCGCCGAGGCGUGCUCUAAAAAAAA